GGAGUUCACAGAGGAAAGGACAAAGAGAUGGACAAUUAAGAGUUCAGAGAGGCUUAGUGAUGACCAUUUGUUGGUUAGAUUUCCUCUUUCAUGUUGAAAUAUGUUUUUAAUUUAAUCUUUGGUGCCCUGCAGAGUGUCCAUACCACAGACCGCUGGGUUUCGAAGCUGGGUCUGUGAGUCCAGACCAGAUCACCUGUUCCAACCAAGACCAGUACACUGGCUGGUUCUCAUCAUGGCUCCCGAGCAAGGCCCGGCUCAACAGUCAGGGCUUCGGGUGUGCGUGGCUGUCUAAGUUCCAGGACAGCAAUCAGUGGCUGCAGAUUGACCUGAUGGAGGUGAUGGUGGUGUCUGGGGUCCUCACCCAAGGCCGCUGUGACGCUGACGAAUGGGUCACCAAGUACAGCAUUCAGUACCGCACCGACGAAAGACUCAACUGGAUCUAUUACAAAGACCAGAGCGGAAACAACAGGGUAUUUUACGGAAACUCUGACCGCUCCUCCUCUGUGCAGACCCUCCUACGGCCGCCCAUCGCGGCGCGCUAUAUCCGCCUGCUCCCCCUCGGAUGGCACACGCGCAUCGCUCUGCGCCUCGAGCUGCUGCUCUGCAUGAACAAAUGCGUGUGACUUCAUCCUCCCCCCUUGUCCUUAAACCACACCUGACCCUGUUCUUUAGACCCCAAGAUCUGUGUGGCCUCCGCGUAACCUUUAAACCGUUUAUAGAAUAAAUGUGAGUCAGUUUGGUGGUGAAUGCAUUCAGCUUGUUUGAAGCUUUUGCAUUCACACUCACAAGCUCUGUCCUUCAUUGUCUCUGCCAAACCGGCCUCGCACUGCAGGCUUCAAUUUGGAGAGUUCUCAAUAGGUUGUUCCAUUUGUGAUGAAAAUGGCAUAAUUUCAAAGCGGUAAUUAGCUUAGCUGUGGAGAGGGAGCGUUGCUAUGGAGGUUGUAUCCACAGGUUCUCUUCCAAGCCAUCUGUUUCUUUCUCUGACAGUUUUUGAAUGUUCACUGAUAUUUAACGGUCAACAGAGUCUGUGCUCCUCUCAGUUUUUUCGACUCUACGUACUUUAGGCACAGCUUUAAAAAUGAGACUG